GGCCAAGUACCUCUAGAGAUACCCACGUAGGGGUAUUUAUCGCACGAGGUAUUGCUUCCAUCCCUUCGUUGAUCUUCUGUGCUCCUUCUUCUUGUCAUUUGUCUUUCUUUUCUCUGUACUCCAACCUUCUUGGUGCCUUUCGUUCAUCUCUCCAAUCUUUCUCUGUUUCUCUCGGAUUGCGGAUAACAUGGAGCCUUCCAUGUCACCUCAGUCCACGUUCACUCAGCCCCUUCCAUCUCCGCACACGAGAUUACCGGACGCACUAGAACUUUUAUCAAUCUGGCAACUCCUCCCCAUCGAACUCGUCCAACAAAUCCUCGACCACUUCAUCACAAACCUCCUUAUCUCCUGCCGAGCUUCCGACAUAUACUCUACCACUACAAAUGCCGCUAUCCUCAAGGAUGCUUGGUUCAACUUCCGACGGGAUAGCCUUUCCAGAUGCCAGAAGCACCUUAUUGAGCGUUAUUUUUAUAAUCACUGGCUGAACCGAGUGCGGUUCAAUAUAAACGUGCAAGAUCACAUGAUGCCCGGAAUGAGAUAUCGCUCCCUCCACGGUGGUACAUAUAUACACGCCCACAACUUUCCUGGUAUCUUCUCACCAGAUCCUUUUCGGCUCACGCCUAACGACAAUGGUGUUCUCGAGACCGGAAAGGCCACCUUCGAGUUUGUUUCCAGACCUCGAGGAAGGGACCCUCCCCGCGCUUCCAUCCUUCAUACUUGGAAUAGGCUAAUGAACGCGACCAACAAUGAGUGGCCGCUACUUCACAUUGAAGCCCCGGAUGGAACGCGUAAGGAUUCGAUUGAACUGCGUCUGGAAGGCUGGGAGGUGUCAAAGGGCGGGCUUCGCAUCAGCUUUCCGUGGAAGAAAUUGAUGACAAUGGUGAUCACCCGCAUUCUGGAGAUAUGGAAGAUGCCCCAUAGACUCAGUUUUGGUUGGGUGGGUAUUUCUACCUCAGGUGACAUUGGAUGUUCAUGUUGCCUGGUACUUCUCAUUUAUACCAAAAUGCAUUUAGUUGUGACACGGAUCAGUUAUUGUAUGAUUGUGCUAGACACAUUCUCGACAGGAAGGGUCUGCAGAUGGUACAAGAUUGAAAGGGCUUCUGGUUUGCGUGGCCAGAUUGUCAUUUGUUAACGGACUUGUUGAUGGCGAGGGAAAGCUGAAUGCCGUGGGAUAGUACAGGCCUCUGAGGGAUCGGUGGUAGCAGUAAUGCACAAUGAGCAGGAGUUAGUUGGAAUUGGCAGGAACAGAGCCAAACUUCCUUACAG